AUGGAUCGGUUAUCGUUAUUGACUUCUGAACUAAUUAUUGAAAUUAUUUCACGAACAUCAUUACAAACAUUUGCUACUAUACGUUGUACAAAUAAAUAUUAUGGAAAUCUAACACACAACAACCAUGUUCUUCAUAACUACAACCGUAGAAAUAAUGUCGUUUGUGGAAUUAUCGUUCAACAAAAAAAAACAUGGAGAAAUAUAGAGCGUCAGUUUGUUCCGUCUUCUGCUAACAACAAUCUUGACAUUGAUUGGCUACCACAUACUUGUACUAUUUUAGCAUCAUCCUUGUGCGGACUCCUUCUUGUUGAAUCCUAUGAUCCAAAUGAAUACGUUUCAAAGAUUUUAUUUGUUAUCAAACCAACGACUACAGAUUUCAAAUGGAUACCGUUUCCGACCUCUGAAUACACUGUGGUAAAGUUUGCUUUGGUAGUUAUCAGUUCGAACCCGUUACAUUUCAAGGUCAUUCGAUUGUCAUAUACAAAGCCAUCUGAUAUGCUUAAGGAAAAAGUGGACUACGAUUACUACAAGAUAGAAUUGUUUUCAUCUACUACAUGGCAAUGGAGGGAGUUUCAAAAUAUCCAGUUACCAUCAUCUGUUUUUCCUGUUUCUGAUGAGGCAGUUACAAGUGGCGGUGUCGUUUACUUCUUAUUAUCUAAUGAUACCAUAUUGCGAUUUGAUAUUUAUUCAGAAGAACAUAUACUCAUAUUUGCACCUUCUAUUAUUAAUGACUUCAAACCGUAUGCAUCGAGACUGAUCAAGUUUCACGGAAAAUUGGGAUAUUUCUCUGUAAGUGGAGAUCGUUUGUGGACUAUUUGGGUUUUCAUUCACAAUCGGUAG